GCAACGUUUUCCUUUCCUUCCUUUAAGUAUAUUAUUGAGCUUUCCACUCCAUUAUUUCGUAAAACUUUAAAACAAACAGGUUUAAGGAGUUGAGAAGUUUCCUACUAAUCUAAUUGCAAAAGUAAUUAAAGAAAUCUGUUUACUUAUGUGAUGUAGUUAAAGAAGAAGAAAAAAAAACUGACCAUGUUUUAGCUGCCAGGUACAGCCAGGGCUAAUGUAGUUUUUGAACCUGCUGCUGUACUUCCGGCUUGUGCUUCGCGACAUUAGUGAGGUUUGACCGCCCGUCUCCAUGGAGAACACGGUGUUUUGCUACUUCGUUGCCUAGCACCGUUGGGAUUAAUUUUCUGGGUGUUUUCAGUCCCACGGAGCGUUUAAGGAAAAAUAUGCCCACCGAGCCAAAGACAAAGAGAACACCAGGCGCCAUCAUCAGGAGUUUAUGGAAAACCUGCAAGACUUUGGGUCCUGACGAAUCCAACUCAGAGAAAACUGAGGAUGACUUAUCGGAGAGGACGCAGUCAGUAUGCAUGAAUCUGAGUCAGACUCUUGGGACAACGCAGCUGCUCUUAAACUUCCAUGGUGGUCAGCCAGUUUUCAUUCUAAAGCCACCGUCUGAUCUGGUUAACUUCCCUCGCCCCCGAUGGCCAAUAGAGUGUGAAGUCAUCAGCGACAGCAUCCAGCACAUAGAAUGGGAGCCACCAGAGCCAGAGCCAUUUUAUAAGCCCUCCAACAAGGAGUCCUUCAUUCCAGCUGAAGAUAGGCCAGGGAAUGUGGUGUACUGCUCGGACUUUGCCACAAAGCAUUUAUAUUUCACCUGCUCUCGUGUUGGAGGAAGCAGGGGCUCCACCAAUCGUGCCAAGUUUAUUGUCACACCCCCAGAUAUUACUCUUGAAUUUGAAUCGCGCUUCGAAAGCGGCAACCUUCAGAGGGCUGUCCAAGUGGGCGCCUUCGACUAUGAGCUCACACUGCGUACAGACAUGUACACCGAGAAGCACACGCAGUGGUUUUACUUCAGGUUGAGGAACAUGAAGGCUAAAAUGUUGUACCGCUUCACCAUAACCAACUUGAUGAAGGCGAGCAGUCUGUAUUCCCUCGGCAUGAAGCCGCUCCUGUACUCUGAGAGAGCGGCUAACGAGCACGGAGUCGGUUGGCAUCGAGCGGGAUCCAACAUCAGAUACUAUCAGAACUGCAGCGAGGACGCAAACGAGAACAGCGAUGCCGGAGUCCGCCUGUACUCGCUCACCUGGACUCUCCGGUUCCCCUAUGACUCAGACACAUGCUACCUGGCCCACUGCUACCCCUACACGUAUUCACGACUGCAGUACUACCUGAAGCAGAUAAUCUCCAAUCCAGCAGUAGCAUCUUACUGCGAAGUGCGGACGCUGUGCCAAAGUCUUGCAGGGAACGCCGUUUAUAUUAUUACCAUCACAUCCAGAGGGACUAGCCCUGAGGAGGUGAGAAACAAGAAGGCCGUGGUAGUGACAGCGCGAGUCCAUCCGGGGGAAACCAAUGGAUCCUGGAUGAUGGAGGGAUUUUUAGACUUUCUCCUCGGAGACUCAGAUGAUGCUCAAGUUCUCAGGGAUAACUUUGUUUUCAAGGUUGUGCCAAUGUUGAACCCAGAUGGUGUUGUGGUCGGAAACUACAGGUGCUCACUGGCAGGCAGGGACCUUAACAGAAACUAUAAAACGUUGCUGAAGGACUCUUUUCCAUGUGUUUGGCACACCAGGAACAUGGUUGAAAGGCUUAUGGCUGAAACAGAAGUAGUUCUUUACUGUGACUUUCACGGCCACAACCGCAAAAACAAUGUGUUCAUGUAUGGAUGUGACAGCAACAACAAGCUGUUCAAGUUACAAGAGAGGGUCUUUCCGCUAAUGAUGAGCAAGAAUGCAAGUAAUAAGUUCUCCUAUAGGAGCUGUAGGUUCAAGGUGCAGAAGAGCAAGGAGGGAACAGGGCGGAUCGUCAUGUGGAGACUGGGCAUCAAGAACAGCUACACCCUGGAGGCCACCUUCGGAGGAUCCACCCUGGAUGACAGAAAAGGGACCCAUUUUACUACUGGAGAUUUGAAGUCGAUGGGCUUUUAUUUCUGUGACACCCUGCUGGACUUCUGUGACCCUGAUCAAACAAAGGUGGUUCACUGUUCAGCAGAGGCUGCAGCAUUAUUGAAAAUGGAGCUCAAGAAGAAAAUUAGCAAGAAUCUGGAUACCGAUGGCAGCUUUUCUAUGUCUGACCUGGAAACCAGCACGAGUGGCUCCAAUAGUUCAGAUUCAGACGGACUUCCAGUUCAUUUACUGCACCAGCAAAGAAUUCCAGAGAAAACUCAUUUUAAGAAGAAAAAGAAAAAAUUAAAAACUCGUAAGGAAAGAGACAGACUCCAACCAAGCCGUGUGAGCAGUACGUCACUGAGAAAGGUUCUGGAGAGCCGCAGAUAUACUGAGUGCUGUAUUUCUCCGGAAAAGAUGGACGAAGUAAGAAGCCAAGAGAAACCUCUUGGAGGACAAAAGGGAGGAAAGCAGAAUGACCUGAAGGGAGGAUGCGUAGUCUCAUUUCCAACCAGUCAUCCUGAAGAGGUCAGCCAGGGAACACUGGAGGACGGUCAGGACAACGACUGCAUCUCAGCCAUCCGCCAGAAAUUGAAGCAGGCGUAUGAAAGCACAUCGUACAUGACGCCUCCAUCGGGUGAUGAAGCGGUUGGCAAUAGACAGGUGAGAUGCAGCUGCCCCCCUUUCACUCCGAAGGUCCCUCCGUCACGUCCUCCUGUCCUCAUGCAGCACUACACGCCACCUUUGUCUUCUCAACAAGGGCCGACAUUCUUUGUAGCUCCACGGAGGGGUUCGUGCCUCCUCUUUGGCAGGAUUCCUCCAUCUGGGUUUAUCAGAAUUGCUCCACCCGAUCCUGGGACUUCAUCCAUUUCCACAUCCAGCAAUCACCGUGUUUUCAAAGACAAACAAGUACAGUGGGUCUCGGGUAAUUUUCCAUCUAAGGGUUUCUCCACAUCGGUCUCAGACAUAAACAGAAUCCGCCGCAGAGAAGGGAUCCUAAAGGAUUCAUCUGAAGUGAAUCCAUCUUCGUUUUCCCCUGUCAUGGGCAAAACCAAAGGGCUCUCACAACACUGGAACCCCCUUGAGAGAAAGUGAGGUAUUCAACAAUUUAUUUGAGCCUGAGCAGAAGCAAAAGGAAAAACUUUAAUCUGUAAUCUAUGUGAACUCCCUGCGAUCUGCCUCCUAUGACCUCAAUAAAAUACUUUAUUUGCA